AUGGAUAGUCGAUUAGGGAUAUGGUAAGUGUCGAGUUCGAGGGCCUGUUGCACUGGCUAAAUCUGUUUUCGCAUUUUUUCUACAUCUUCAUGCCCUUAGGGGUUGAUGAGGUGGAAAGCAAAAGAUCUGAGGGGAAAGACAAGGGGAGAGGAUGGCCCUGAAAUUGUUGCGAUUAGAUGAAUCUUCGGGUUUAAUUGAGGAAUACGAACAGCAAGGCAUCAAAGUUCAAAAAUCUCUCGGUAUAAGUCGAAAGUGAGUAUUUCCCAAAAAUAGCGAGAUUUUCUGUAGCUUUAGGUGGGAAACUUCGGAUUUUAUUCUAAAAAAGGCCGACAAACUUUGUCUUAUGAAAAUAUCCUAAAGACAAAAAAACAUUUGACUGCACGACCCUCGAUUACGAUAUAUGUAUGUAAUGAUCGAAUUUUUCAAGCGUCCUUGAAGAGAGGAGUGAAGCCACGGCCGCAACAGCACUCUACCGGCUGUUGCGUCCCGCCACGAAACCCGAAAGGACAUCGAAAUCAACCGAGACGUGGAUUUGGAAGGAAAGGAAGAUCAGAGUUUGGAAGUCGCAGCCUGAGCGAGCGGUCAGAGCGUGUGACCAAUUGGAAUCUAGUGUGCAUUGGCCGUCUUGUGUAUUGUGA